GCCAUGGAUAUGUCUGCAACAGACGAAGACGCUAUGCGUCAAUUCAUGCCCGCUUCGUUCGGAAAGAAAGAUGCAGGGGUCGACAUUGCGGCGCAAAUUGAACGGUGUCGCAGGACGAUUGUCGAUGAGCGCAAACAGGCUGCAGUGAAGGAUACCAGCGAUAAAGACUCGGACGACGACAGCGACUCCGAUGAUUCAGAAGACGAAGACGAGUUCCCUGUUUCCCAUGAACUGGUACUCAAGACGCACGAUCGGCCCGUCACAACGAUAACUCUUGAUCCAUCGGGAACGCGCUUGGUGACCGGGUCCACCGAUUGCACGUUCAAGCUCCACGACCUUUCAUCACUGACACCCACAACGAUACGCGCCUUUAAAUCAGUGGAUCCCUUCCAAACAAAGUCGUCUGCGACCGCUGAGUCGCACAUGAUACACCAAGUCCUGUUCAGCCCGCUUUCCGGCAACCAAAUCCUUGUCAUCACCGCGAAUCCACAAGCGCGAAUGUUCACACGAGAUGGAGACAUGGUGGCUGAAUACCAGAAAGGAGACAUGUAUCUGAUGGAUAAGCUCAAAACAAAGGGCCAUGUUUCGGAAGUGACAAGCGCUGCGUGGCACCCGACAGAUCGAGAAAAGUUCGUAACGGCCGGCACCGACAGCACGGUGCGUGUUUGGGAUGUGAACAAGAGCAUGAAGCAAGAGCAAGUGGUGUUGCACAAAUCCAAAGCGCUAGGGUCAGCGGGGAUAACGAGAAUGACGGCUGUUGCUUGGGGGGUUGCACCAGAAGGCAAUGGCAGCAUGAUUGUGUCGGCAGCGCUGGAUGGAAGCCUGGUCAUGUGGGGAGGAGAAGGCCCAUGGCAUCGAACGACUGGGGAGAUCCGAGGCGCUCAUGAGAACGAUACGUGGACUAGUGGUAUGGAUAUCAGUGCAGAUGGCAGGCUGCUCAUCACUCGCGGUGGAGACGAUACCAUCAAGCUGUGGGAUUUACGAAAGUUCAAGACACCAGUGAAUACGACUGCUCACCCAUCCACGUCUUCCCAAUACCCGACUUCCAACAUCAAAUUCUCUCCAAAUUCCUCGAGCGUUAUCACCGGAUCAGAAACUGGCCAUCUCCAUAUCCUUAAUCCGGCCACGCUCCGCCCCGAACUCAUCACGCCAGUUACACCUGGAUCACCUCUCAUUACAGUCAAUUGGCAUCCUAAGAUCAACCAGAUCAUCACUGGUUCUGCAAAUGGCCAGACUACCAUCCUCUUCAAUCCCAAACUAUCGACAGCUGGUGCAUUGACUAUACUAUCCAAGGCGCCCAAGAAGCGCCAUUUGGAUGAUGACCCCAACUUCACAACCGACCUGGACCCGCUUGGGAUGGCGGGCGAUACCGUUGGAAGUCAAGGCGCGCUUACGACCAACACGUUCAAGUCUCGUCACCCUACUAUCGGUCUCACAGUUUCUGGAAAGAGCAGAGAUCCACGACGACCACACAUUCCGGCCACGACCCCGUUUGCCAAGAACACACCGGAUGAAAAGUACGUUCGUGAGCAUAUUGAACUGAGCAGUAUGCGCGAUGAAGAUCCUCGGGAGGCACUACUCAAGUUUGCUCCCAAGGAGGGAGAAAAGAACAUUUUCACAGGCGCUUGGGACCAAACGCAGCCCAAAACUCUGUACAAAGAUUACGAUAGCGAUGAGGACGAACCGGACGCGAAGAGAGCGAAGAGAUGA